CGAGCGCCACCAAAGACCCGGCUAUCCACGGUAGAUAGCAACAACAACAUGCGCUAGCUACAGCUGCUUCUUCAACCGGUCUUCUUCAGAAGACCAGCCAACUUCGUUGCAUUUUCCAAUUCGGUUCGGCGCAAUUCGCUGCAGGUUCGGUUUUAUCUCAUAUACGAGUUGCAACGUUCGUUCCUUACGCCGACAUACACGCUAUUCGCUCGCUCGUUCGGUGGUAUAUCGAUGGCUUUGCUUGAAUGCCUGGCUGACUGGUUGACUGGUGUUUCUCGGUUGUUUCGCUGUCGUUUGGCUGACUGGUCGCGCGGUGGUGGUGACUCGUAUGGCGUACAUAGUUUUUAAAUUGUUUGUCGUUGCAGCCAGUUGCUUCAGUUGGUCGUGAGCGGUCGUUUGUUGAUGACGUUAAAUUUAGUGAGAUCACGUUUGUCGAAUAUUUUUGUGUGCGUUCUUCACCAAUUCUAUGCUACGGAAUUAUUCGUCGUCGUAUUUUACGUGCCGAGCGUAGUGGAAAAGCGUGUUUUCCCAUAUAGAUAGUCUCUACAGUGAAUGUGACCAAACACAAACUUACAAAGCUACGAAGCAAUUAUAUCGAGUUUCGAAGGUGUCUGAAUGUGCGCGGCAAAUGUUUUAGCGACGGCAAAAUGUAUUUGCGUCUAAGUGUUCUUUGAAAACAGUUGACAAUUUUCAGAAAUCGAAAAUUGUGGAAAUCAAACUGGCUGAAGGAAAGCUCUUAAGUCUCUAAAAUAAAUGCAAAGUGCGAUAUCGUGUGGAAUUAUGUAAGAAAAAUAUUCGGAAAAGUUCGAAAAUAAGUGUUGAAAAUAUAUUUUGGAAAACAAUAACUCUUUAUAAUACUGUUAUGUUUUCGAAAAUCAUUGUAAAGUAACUAUCAUUACAAAAGAACGUUUUUUAAUGAAAAUCUACAACAAAAAUUGGUGUCAUCAUUACUGAAACCCAAAACCAAUUGGAUAAAAAAGUUCUUAAAUUAAUAUUAAAAAGUAACGGAUUCAAAAGAUUUCCAAAAUCAUUGUUAUAUAUUUCAAACAAUCCAUAUUGUAUUCGAAGCCAACGAUACAUAGUAAACGAAAAACAUACGAUACAUAGUAAAACUGUUGUCUUAAGUUCUUUGAAAAUCGUUCCAAUCUAACCUUUGAACGGAACUUCCUGAAAAAUACAAAAUAAAGUGUGUAGUACAAAAGCAUACAACUACAAAGUGCAAAGUGAAAAUAUUCCGAGUGUUAAAAUCGUGUAUCCUAAGAAAGUAAAACCAGUUCAAAAGCCGAAAGAGUGCAAACACGUAGAAUCUGAAAUAAAAACUGCAUAUAAAGCAAAAUAAUCAAGUCAAAAAUAAUAAUAAAGAAAAUAAAAAUAGAAAGAAAACCCAACAAAAUGUCCAGCAAGAAGGAACUCAACUCCACGCUAAUGGUGGCAUUCACUGUCACCACGCUGCUGGGAUUUAUCAACGCGCAAGCAGUGGGCUCCAAGGAUCUCUUCAGAUGCCGCCAAAGUUGCUAUCAAAAGUUUGUUCAAGAUUGGCAUCACUGCAUGGACUUUGAGGAUUGCAAAAAUAUGUGCAUCACACCACCUAAUAUCAAUAGUUAUAUCCCAGAAGCGUUCAGUUUUCUGUGCUGGAACAAUUGCGAUCAACAACUGGGCCCCUUCCCGCUCAACAUCAAUUCGGCACUGCGCCAGGGCUCGCUGGUGCUGACGAACAUUGCCUGGGAUCAGGCGAUUACGAAUGCAUCGAAGCAGUGUCUGGUCACUUGGGAGGUCUCCGGAGGCGGUCUAAUGGGCAAUCUAUUGACUGAUAGUUCUACUGUUGAAUUAUCCCUGUGGCCAGAUACAGUAUAUCACGUGCAAGUUACGUGCAAGCAUAAGGAGACCGGCGGCAUGCGACGCUCCUACAAACUGAUCGUGGACACGCACAAGCUGAGCGACAGCACCGUCACCGGCAUGCAAGCGAUCACACUGGAGACCGGCAACAUGGCCAGCAAAGAGGGCAUGAUGCCGCAUUUGUAUGGCGCGGACAGCGCGGUUGACAUUGGUGGCAACUCGGGCGAGACAGACUCACGCAUGCGCAUACUGAAGGACAGCUCGAAAGAUUUCCUCAGCCCCUACAAUCCAAACGCCAAUGUCGCAACAGCCAGUAGCAGCACUAGCACUAAAGCGGCCGAGUCUACUACAGCCAACACAAAGUCAGCGAACACACGCCGCACGGAAGAGGAUGCCGCGCGCGCUGCAGAAGAAAAUUCCGUUGUGCGUAACCGACUCGUCGACGAGCGACCGCUGGCUGAAUGGGUAGCAAAAUUCUUGGAGCAGCAUCCCGCAUGCGGCCAAUACGGACCGCUCGUGCUCAUAGUGAUCCUGAUCGUAUUGUAUAUGUAUUUGCGGCCGCGCGUGCGCAAACACCUGGAAGCCGCGACCAGCGCUGUGGACCGCGAGGUGCUCAUACACAAAGAGAUGCUGCCCAGCCAGACACCACAAGCGCUGCGCAUGUCGGCGGCGUUGGCGGCGUCAUCCGACGUGGAAGUGGCGGUGGUGCCCAAGCAGAAAGCGCCUGCGAGCAGCGGACAGAAAACCGCCAGCGCGUCGAAUCCGCAAACAUUGCAUGUGUAAGGUGGAACGAGCGUUCGAGCGGCGAGCGUAUGAGUGUGUGCUGUAAAUAGUAAUUAUUAAUUAGAUAUAUAUCUAUAUGCAUCGUAGCGGUUUUUUGCUAAUUCAUAACUUAUUUAUUAAGCUAAACAAAUUCAAAUAUAUAGAUACUAGAUGUGAUGUGAUCUGACUAAAUGCUAAAGAAUUUUGAUUUCGUUUCGCCUCUGUAUGUAUGUACAUAACAUAGCAUAGUAGUAAGUGCAGUGUUGCUUUUGAGCGCAGCGUUGCAUUUUUAGCCACACAUAUUGAGCUAGUACCAUAUAUAUGUGUGUGUGCAUGAUGUUGUAGUAUGCGUACUUCGUUUUGUUGUAUUAUAUAUGUAUGUAUAAGGCUUUGCUCUCUCACGCGGAGAGCGAAGAACUGGACGCGCGUGUAUAGCAAUAUUAGUCUUUAAGCGUAUAUAUAUUACAUACAUAAACAGCACAGAGAGCGG